AUGCUCCCAUCGAGGAGGACGCAGAUGGACAGCUUAGUACAGCCUCUUGUAGCCCAGUACCUUGCCAUGGGCUGUCAAUCAAAAGACAACAACAAAAGUGAAAGUAUUGCCACGGAUGAUAAGGGGAAAGACGAUGCGAGAGGGGCUCCAGGAUGUGGCUCCAGGUCUAGAGUUUCCCCUCCAGGACGUCCUCAAAGGUUCCACAAACCUGGUCAGGUCCAGAUCCCCAUGGGGAAACCCACGAUGUCACUGGGCCAUCUUAACAAGGCCAGCUGGGAGGAGCUCAUCCAUGCUUGUUUGCAGGCCUUUGAUUCAGACGGUUACGUGUGUGAGCGAAGCCAUUUAUUGAACAUAACCUUGACCAUGCAUCGUCUCCUCAUCUCCUCCAGUGAUCUGUUGGAUAAGCUUAUAGAUUUAUUUAAAAGUGCCAUGGACAAUGAACAGCCAGGAGAGUGCCAGAGAAUAUGCUACCUCAUCAGACAUUGGAUUCAGGAAUUCUGGAUGAUGUUCAGGCUGCAUCACAGCUUGUCAGACAGCUUGGACCAGCUCCGAGAUCUGAUCAGGGAGCAGGGACAGGAGCAUCUCUGCUGCCUACUAGAGACCAAAUGGAUCAACGAGCGGGACUGGUCGUGGAAGGCCAGCCAGAAGAUGAAAGCUAACAGCAGUAAAAAGAGGAAGGUCUCGCUUCUUUUUGACCACCUGGAGCCGAUCGAACUGGCUGAGCAUCUCACUUUCCUGGAGUUUAAAUCAUUUUGCAGGAUUUCUUUUAUAGACUACCAGAAUUACAUCCGCAACUGCUGCAUGAAGGACAUCCCCGUGAUGGAGCGUUCCAUCGCCUUGUGCAACGGGGUGUCCCAGUGGGUUCAGCUGAUGGUGUUGAGCAGACCUACGGCUCAGCUCAGAGCUGAGGUUUUCACCAAGUUCAUUCACGUGGCACAGGGUUUACACCUCAUGCACAACUACAACUCGCUAAUGGCAGUGGUGGGAGGGCUUUGUCACAGCUCCAUAUCCAGACUGAAGGACACCACCUCCCAUGUACCCAAUGAGGUCAUCAAGGUUUUAAAUGAAAUGACAGAUCUGCUCUCCUCAUGCCGAAACUUUGAUAACUAUAGACAAGCGUACAACAAGUGUACAGGUUUUAAAAUCCCCAUCCUGGGCGUACACCUAAAAGACCUCAUCUCAGUGAAUGAGGCAAUGCCGGACUACGUGGAAGACAAUAAAGUCAACGUGCAGAAGCUGCAGGCCCUGUACAGCCAUAUCAACGAACUGAUGCAACUCCAGCAGAUCCCUCCCAAACUGGAUGCCAACAAGGACUUGGUCCAUCUCCUAACGCUGUCCUUGGACCUUUACUACACUGAGGAUGAAAUCUACGAACUCUCUUACGCCCGGGAGCCCAAGAACUGUAAAGCCCCUCCAGCCACUCCAUGUAGACCUCCAGUGGUUGUAGACUGGGUAUCAGGAGUGGCUCCUAAGCCCGAUCCUCGCACAAUUAGCAAGCAUGUGCAAAGAAUGGUGGACUCUGUGUUCAAGAACUACGACCACGAUGAGAAUGGCUUUAUUUCUCAAGAGGACUUUGAGAAAAUCGCCGCCAGUUUCCCCUUUUCCUUCUGUGUCAUGGACAAAGACAAAGAGGGGCUCGUCAGUAGAGAUGAAAUCACAGCUUAUUUCAUGCGGGCAAGCGUCAUCUGCUCCAAACUUGGCCUGGGGUUUGUUCAUAACUUUCAGGAGACCACUUACAUGAAGCCCACCUUCUGCGACAACUGCUCCGGAUUUCUGUGGGGUGUCAUUAAGCAAGGCUACAGAUGUAAAGACUGCGGGAUGAACUGCCACAAAUUGUGUAAGGACCAGGUGGCUUUUGAGUGCAAGAAAAACUCCAAAGUGAACAUCAACAAUAACAACACCGACAGUCCCACGCUCAGCUCUACGCCUGUUACCGCGGGAACCUCAGACGGUUCUGACGAGUGUCCUUUCCAGUACCCACUUGAUGACAGCAAAGACUGGAGUCCAGACUCUCCAGUCAGCUCACAUUUGAGGCUAAACCGGGUCCACAGUGCCACUCAGACCGACGGUCCGCCACUGUCCCCAGAAGCCUCUUGCCCUCACCCGUCUUUACUGGUACCGUCAGGGUCCACUCCAUCGGGGACGGCCCUCAGCCCGCUGCGCCAGAGGAAACAGCGACACUGUGCCAAGUGGGAAAACCGAAUUUCAGUCGUACAGAAGCCCAGGGAGCCGGAAGAAGAGAGAAAAUCCAUCACCGAAGGCCUGCAAUCAGAGAACGAGAGGCUCCAAAAAGCCAACGAAACAUUAAACAGGAAGUUGAAGGAGGCCGAGCAGGAGGUCGAGAUGUUAAAGACGCAGCUGAAGAGGCAAGCACUCCAUCCUGUGGAGGAGGACGAAUCAUCCUAG